UGCUUAUGCUUAUUUUAUUUCAUUUACUAGGAGAAUAUGUUAAUGUCUACAGACAGCAGCCCAGCGACCCUUUAGUUAAUUUGUGCAUUGGACUUGCAUUCAUUCACAUGGCAUGCCAGAAAUUUUCAUCAAAAAAACAUGCCCUCUUGAUACAAGGCCUCUCUUUUGUAAAUGCCUAUACGGAGCUGCGAGGUGAAUGUCAGGAAACCUUGUAUAAUGUUGGACGUGCCAUGCAUCAACUGGGAUUGACUUAUGCUGCUGUAUUUUAUUACAAAAAAGCAAUACAUUGUUCUCCUCCAGUUGGUAAUAAAGGUGUAAGUAACUCAUUUGUAUUAAUUGAAACUGACUUUUUGUUAGAUAUUAGCUUGAAGCUUUAUACAAAGAAUUUAGUUUUACAAAUACUCAAGUCUUUUACUUAGAUUCAACAGCAAAUG